CCGACAGUCCACAGUCAGCAGGAAGGAGAGAGGACGAGUCGGAGCAGUUUAGACCUCGUCUAGUUUCUCGCUCCCUCACAGGACCCGUCACAUGGGAACAGCCCCGCCACCUUUCUAUGCACGCAAGAGAAUGUAGCGAAUACUUUGCAGCAGUCGUCUUUCAUGAUUGUAAUACAGGCGCAUCGAUGUAGUUCCAAACAAGAUAUGUAACCCCCCCCCCCCCCAAAAAAAAAUAAGGUUUUAUUAUAUCAAGAUGCAGCCAUAAACUCACUGUCUCGCGAGGUGGAAGUUAUUUUUUUCCUUCAGUCCAACUUUUCCUGUCAAGAUGGAAAGCAGCGCUCCUUAGGACACCGGACGAGAUGGGGAAAUGGGAGCUGACAAUGAACCCAGUGCAGGAGUGGGGCGAGGAGUUCGAGGACGGAGCGGUUUAUGGGGUCACUCUGCGCCGGGAGCCCGUCCCCUCCUCCCCCGAACCCAGUGAAGAGAGUCCGUGCUGCGCUUUCGUGCAGUACCGAACCUGCAAGGUGCGGCGUCUGAAGGCUGCUACCCUGGAGCUCCUGGUGAACCACCUCCUCGACCCCGGCAGCCAGGAGCAGGACUACGGCAGGAUCUUCCUCUCCACAUACAGAACCUUCACCGGUACCUCAAAGCUCAUAGAGCUGCUGUUCCAGAGAGACAAUGCUGUCUCCGAUCUGGACAACAGUGAAUGCUACAGGAGCCCUCUGUUGGCCUUUGUCCAGACAUGGUUGGAUGAGUACAGUGAGGACUUCAGGGAUCCUCCUUUGCACCUGGCUCUCAGGCUGCUGUUGGACCACCUGAGGAUCAGCUCCGCAGUUCACAACAAUAUGCGCAGCCAGCCCAACUUCAGCUCGCUGGCUGGGCAAGCUGAGGCCCUGCUCAAGGGUUUGCAGAUAGAAGAAGUCGAGACAAAUGUGAGUCCUGCCCCGGCAGAUAUGGAGCAAGAUGAGGAGGGUUCUGGUGAUGAGGAUUCGGGAUGGGAACACUCUCUGGAUCCAGGUGGCAUCAUGGAUUUCUCCACUGGAGCCAUUGCCGAACAGCUCACCCGAACGGACUCUGCUCUGUUUGUCAAAGUGGUGCCAUACCAGUGUCUGGGCUGUGUGUGGUCGCAAAGAGACAAGAAGGAAAACAUGUCGCCAACCAUCCGAGCCACCGUUGCACAUUUCAACGCCGUUACAAACCAGGUCAUCAUGUCCCUGCUCUGCUGGCCGACAGACGCCACCUCCAGCCCCACCUCCUCCCGCCGGCCUCCCACUACACCAGCUCAAAGGGCCCGCAUCAUAGAGAACUGGAUCGGAGUAGCCCAGGAUUGUCAUUGGUUGAAGAACUUCUCCUCUCUCAAGGCGAUCCUGUCGGCCCUUCAGUCUAACGCAGUUUACAGGCUGAGGAAGACCUGGGCUGCUGUCAGCAGGGAUAGCAUGGCCACGUUUGAUAACCUCUGGGAAACCUUCCCUGAUGAGAACUGUGUUCUGACCAACAGAGAGCUCCUGGUGGAGGACGGAGGCCAAGCGACUGUGGAUAAAAUUUCUCCAAAGAUAUCCAAGCGGUGUCCGAUCCCAAGACAGAUGAGCACCUCCAGCGGAUUGGUUCCUUACCUGGGCACCUAUCUGACCAUCCUCACCAUGCUGGACACUGCUCUGCUGGACACAGUGGAGGGUGGCCUCAUAAACUUUGAGAAGAGGAGGAGGGAGUUUGAGGUUCUGUCACAGAUCCGUGUGCUGCAGGCGUCCUGCUCCCAGUACAACCUGCCCCAUCACCCCAGAAUCGCUGCCUGGCUGCGGGGACACAAGCUGCUCACCGACCAGGAGAGCUACGAACUGUCCAGAGAGCUGGAGCCUCCGUUGGACGUGUGCUCGCCGACCCCCUGGAGCCACCGCACGCUCUCAAAGAAGCUCUCCUCUCUCCUGACGGUGAGCGACGGGUCUAAAAAAGUCCCCGCGGACCAGAUCAGCGUCUCAUCCUCUGGAUCCAGUGGGUCCGAGAUGGAGGAUCUGUCCGCCCCCAACACGGCCUGCUCCAUCAGACUGCAGUGCUUCCACAGCUCUUGCAACAAUGUGUCCGAAGCCUUCUCUACCUUCUCGUCCUCCUCUUCCUCAUCCUCCCCCUGCUCCUCCGCCGCUUCCUCCACAGACUCCCCCACUCCUUCCUCCUCCUCCUCCUCCUCCUGCCGGGCUGAUCUCUGCCGCAGCGCUCGGCCGAAGCCCACGCCGGCCUCCCACCACAAGCGCUCCGUGUCCAUGACCUCGCUGCCCCUGUACAACCGCCAGGUGGCUGACUCCUGUAUCGUGCGGGUGAGCGUGGACCUGGGCCACAACAACGGCAACAUGUACAAAAGCAUCCUGUUGACCAGCCAGGACAAAACUACCCAGGUGAUCCGUAGGGCCCUGGAGAAGCAUCACCUUGAGCACAUGAACUGGCAGGACUUCACCCUGACUCAGGUCAUCUCUCAGGAACGAGAGUUGCUCAUACCCGACAAAGCCAACGUCUUCUAUGCCAUGUCCACGGUGUCGAACUUUGACUUCCUUUUGCGGCAGUUCCCCAAAGGCCAGAAGAAACCGCUGAGGGCCACGUCUAGUCUGGGACGGUACACAAAGUAGCACCUCUAGUCUCCAAACCUCGGGAGAUGAACGGAGCACACGGGACUCUCCUUGAAGAAUGGUCUUUAUUUUUAAUAGUUGUUUUUAUAACAAAAGAUGGUCCAGCUUUCUUCUUUAAGAUAAAAAAGAAGGUAAAAAUGUGACAUUUUAAUGGUAAGAGGAUGCAAAAGCACUUUAUGAAGAAGAACUCUCGCCUGGAAAAUGGAUGCUUGAAGAAACAUCUGGAUCAAAAAUGAACCCAUUCCUUGACUUUUAUUCCGGCCCACAGAUGUGUUCUCAAAUGGUUGUAAGUGCAUGGUGCUGCUAGAUGUCAACGCGUGUUUGCAUCGGUGACCUAACAUGAACGCUGAGAAAUGCCUCCCGACGCAGCUGUGCGCCAAUAAUAACCUGUGUGGUUUAAAAAAAGGGAACGGUAACGAUGAACUCCUGGGGCCGGUUGUCAGCCACUCUGGAGGCAAUAGGUGCGCCGGUGCCGUCUGUGGAGUGGGGGAGGGGGAGACGUGUACCCAGGGGGAGGUUCAGCCCCGGCUACCCGCUGGCAUCGCUGUGAUCCUCAUCGAAUGAGGCGAGCGGCCCCGACUGGUAGGUUGGCAUUCCUGUGUCGGGGUAACCAUGGCAGCAGCAGCAGAGACGUUUUUGAUGGACGGGACCGGAUGCACACGUUCAAAUGUCUCUAAAAUAAGACGACAAUAACGGUGAACAGAGUUCAGAAUCAUUUUUUUCCUCGUGUUUUGUAUUUAUUCUCACUGUGGUUAAUUUUGAUUGCACCUUCAUUUGAUUGAGCUUUGAUCAGUGAGGUAAUCGUUUUAGAGAUGCUUUGUUUUCUGAUGCAUUCUGAGGACAUUUUAAAUAUUAAUGAUGACAAUAUUUAAAAUUUCAAUAGUAAUGUCUUUUUUUUAACUUAAAUUGUAUUAAACACAUUUGGUUCAGACUUGUGAACCCUGGAUGUAGCGGCUGCUUAAGUGGCUUAAAGUUCAGAUGUAAUAAUUUCAAUGUCUCAAGAUUUCAAGACACUUGGCGCUCCAGGGACUCUUUGCGAAGAGGAGGAGUUGCACAUUGUACAGACACACUUGGUAAAAUCACAAGUUUUAUCCCUCUGAACGUCCCCCUCCGAGCGUCAGGAGCCUUGCUCAAGGGCAUAGAGGGAAGAAAAAGAGGUCUCAUUGACCUCCAUACAGAUCUGGGGCUUUGAAACAGUAAAACCUGUCUCUUAUUAAAUGCUUAUUUUCACUCUUGGGAUCCAGGAAUUAAGCGUCACAGUUGUAAAACAAAGAGAAAUAAUCGGUUUAAUAAAAACUUUUUCAGUCCUA